CAAUUGCAAUUCUCCAUUCUCUGAUCUUUUUUUGUCUUCUUUGCUUUUUGGCCGAAAAUUAAUAUAAAUCCCGCGAGUGUGUUGUCUUUUUUUUCAUUAUUUUUGUGCUGUGGAAAGUUCUUAAUUGUGAUAAAUUGUGGAGAAACGAAAACCGUUUGCUCAGCGGAAUAAUCAGCUAUAUCGCUUCCGAGUAAUUGAAUGCAAAGUUCCAUAGAAUCGGUGCAGCUUUGUGGGAACCAGCCACAUACAUGGCUACUUUCUGUUGUGGUCGUUGUUUUUCUGAUCUUUCUGCUGAAAUGCAGAAGAACCGUUACAAUUGUCCAUUGCCGCAGCAGGGCAGCACUCUCGGCGUCUCGCUCCACCCCAUUGAAGUUUCCAUUUCGAUGCAAGCGUGAGAAUAUUUAGCCCUCUUCUGCUUUUGCUUUUUAUUACAACACUAAAGAACUAAGAACUUAUCCGCCAACUAAUUACUCAAUAUACCCACACUAAUGCAGUUUUUGUACAUAAUUUAUGGGAAAGUUUAAUAAGCAUGCAUAUGUAUGUACAUAUGUAUGCAUGUGAAAGUGCAGGGAAUGGAAAGAGCAAAAGACAGAUCACUACUGAAUAGGUUUUUCAUACACGAUUCGAAUUCCAUUGCAGAUAGAAAAAGCGUUGCAUCUUUGCUUCAUUUGGAAUCAUCAUUUACAUAUCUGUCCAUCAUAUCCAUCCAUCCAUCAAUCCAUCAAUCCAAUACACCUGUUUCGCUCAGAAUGUGUAGCGCCGUUGAGUCGGAAGCAAACGUGGCGCCAUCUAGCGAGCGUUGAACCGCAUUUGAAGCCAAUUACAGGAAAUGCUGAAGCACGCCUCCAAUGCGAGCAGUGCCUCUGCCUCCGCCUCCGCAUCUGCCACCGUCCCGCUGCCCGUGCCACCGGUUACAGUGGCUUUGCCGCUCAAUGGACAGCUGCUGCGCACCGCUUCAGCUUGUGCCAACAGUAGCACAAGCAGCAGUAACAACAACAACAGCAACAGCCACAACGGGAACGGGAACGGAAGCAGUGGAAGCGGCAACAACACACCCUCCGUUCCAACAGGGGGAGCAACAGCCGCUGCAGGAGCAGGAGGAACAGCAGCAACCACCACCACCACGAGUGGCCCUGUGUCAGCCACUGCUGCAGCCGGGGCAGGCUCGCCAACACCCGCAGCAGCUGCCUUGGCCAGCACGGCACGCAACAUUCACCUGCGACCGCCCCAGCCACAGCCGCAGCAACAGCCCCUGAACAUAUCCGCUCUGAAUGCGUCCACCUGCAGCACCCUUCUCAAUGGCGGGUGCCGAGUUUCAAAUGCCGCCUCCAAUCUUCUUAACAUUGCCAUGCCAACGACCCCCACGCCACUGAAACCGCUGACGCCAUUGACGCCCCUCACUCCCAAUGGACACUGCAACAGCAAUGGGAGCCUGCACCAUCACACCUACACGAACCAGCACAUCCUGGCCAGCAGCCACCACCAGCAGCAGCAGCAGCAGCAACAGCAACAGACGCUGCCGCUGCCGGCACAGCCUCAGUUGUCCCACUCCCUGAUGCAGCCCCAAUCGCCACAGCAGCCGCAACAUAUCAGCCAACUUCAACAGCACAAUUACAGCAACUGCAAUAAUCUGAUCGGGAAUCCGAUCCUCCAGAAGCUGUCCAAGCCAGGACCAUCGCCUCGCGAAGCACUCACCAGUCUGGGUCUGCUGUGCUUGAGUUCCCUGCUUCUGGCGCUGCUCUCGCUGAUCUUCCUGCUGAAGAUCUCGCCGAAUGGCCGCGAUGAUGCCCUGUCCAGGGGCGUGAGCAGCGAGGACUUUAUCAUCGUUUACGACGUGACCCUGGCCUUGUGCGCCCUGUCGCUCUCCCUGAAUCUCUGUUGCCUGCUGGUCUGCGCCAUUCAGUUCCUGUUCGCCGUUAAGCUGCGUUCGCCAGCCUUCGAGGGGCGCGACAACAAGUAUCUGGAGAAAUCGAGUGCCAGUCGCACGUGUGCGGUUAGCGGAUUCUUCAUCUCCAUCCCGGUAUUCCUCACCGGCAUCAUUCUCUACACCUUCAAUCACUUCCACUCGACGCCCGCCAUCAUCACCAGCGUCCUCAUCGGCGUGGGUAUCGUCUUUUGCGGCGGCGCCAUGGUCCACAAUGUGUUCGUCUGGCAAAAGGAGAAGACCAUCAGCUAUCGCAGUGCCCCGCUGCACGGGACUCUUGUGGGAUCGCUGCCACACAACAUGUCGCUGCUAUCGGCGGCCCAGCUGCCACUGCCACUGCCGCUUUCUCUUCCGCCAGUACAGUUCCAUGCUGCCUCUCCGCCCCCACUGGCCCCGCCACCAAUGCAGCUGUACCAGGGCCACCAUGCCUGCAUGCUGCAGCCCACCUCGGUGACACCUGUCUCACCGAACCACUCGCACGGUAGCUUCAAUCCCCUGCUCUGCAACAACACCAUGGGUGGCGGAGGUGGAGCCAUCAAUUCAUCAUUCCUUGUCCGCCCGGCCACGGCGACGCCCCCCACGCCGAAGCCCAUUAGCGGGGGAGCCGGAAGCUGUCUGGUGGGUCGCGAGGCCAGCGGGUCAGUCAGUCCGGGCAUCCCGCCCACGCUCGACAUGAGCAACAUCACAAUCUCGCUGCAUGAGCUUUCCACGCUCGUCUAGACGAGCACAGCACAGCGCACCUAACCAACUGAUUAAUCAGUUUUAGACGUUAGCUAGUAGAUACAGACAUAGACCUAGGCGUAGACGUAGACGAAAUCCACCGUAAAACGUUGGUCUGCUGCUGCUGCCAAUGUCUCCUUCUUGCCGAUUUUCAAUCAUACGUUUCAUAAGGACAACUGCUGUAUAUAUCUGUACAUAUCUAUCUAUUUUAAGUAUCGACUUGGAAGUAAAUGUAAUUUUAAUUUUAAAUUAAAAUUCUACUGAUAAAAAAUUAAAUUUUGGCGCGUAAAAAUGGGCGAUCCGGCAACACCCAAACGGGUAUAGAGGGCGCCUUGUUCAAAAAGAGGGCGCGAGGAUUGGGAUCAUCGGCGAUUCGGCGGUAGAUCGCUAUCGAUAUCGAUAGCAAACGCGCGGCAGUGUAAGUUUAGUUUAUCGGAUACAAAUAUUGUUCACUGAAAGUGCUGCCUCAGCAUUCUCUCCCACUCUGCAAACAAUGGAAAGAAUAAAAAACUAUCAAUAUUGAUAUUGAUAAGGA